UGUGUGUGCGCGUGCGCGUGUGUGUGCUGGCAUCACAGGACAGCGAUGGCUCCCAAAUCUCCAGAAGCCUCCUGCAGCAUCCUCCUGGCCGUCGCUGCAAUUUCCCUUUUUCAGCCGUCGUCGUGCCAUCCCGCUGCCAGGUAAGCGAGGGCACGCGACACCUGCGCCGGCACGAAUCUCAUCUUUUGGGCUUUGCCACGCGGCAAGGAGCCAGUGGCGUUGUCCUGCUGCGAUGUGCGCCUGCAGGAUAGGUUGCAUGUUCUUCUUCAACGGUGGAAGUGCAAGCGGGAUAACGAUUCCAUUCAAAAAAGGCGAACGAAUGCACGAAAGAUGAUGAGAAUUGUGAUCUUGAGCCCGAAAAAAAACACACGUUAGUCUUGACCUUUCCCCAGUUUCCUCAUAUUUACUCAAUAACAUUGACCAUUUUUUUUAAUUCAAAUAAAACACAACAGCAUUAUACCUGUAUCGAAAGUCACCAUAUAAAACUCAAGGUUCACAAAAGCAGCACCGUUAAAACGAAGAAAUAAAUGCCAUCUUUUCUAUACAGCCUGAAAGAAAUGGAAAGUUGAAUUGAAUUGAAAUAUCCCAUACUGAAAUGCUGUUGCCGUUCGGAAAAGGAGUAGCAAGAAAUUAAACCGUACGACUAAUAUUUGCUAAAUAUUAUGUGUUUUUUGCAUGCGUGUGUCAUCUUUCUAUGCCGGCGACGUAUUGUGACUGGCAAAACAAUUGCAUGCACUUCCACCAGAUGGCAGUAGGUACAAUUGAAGCCAAUUUGUGAGUACGCUGAGACGAGAUCUUGAUACUUUUGGGCCCAUUUUUGAUUGGCGGUGUGCCCUAAGAUUUUUCUCAUGGCAAAUCUGUGCCUUGGCUCAGUAAAUAUCGGGAAACAAAAUGUAUUGGCGCCCCGCUAUUUGAGGAAACGAUAUCAAUUCCAGCUGAGUGGCUGUGCAGAAGCUCGUGACGAGUAGUAAUAAAUCCGAUUUGCUUCCAGAAGAUAACUUGAAUGCGAAAUCGUGUGCGUUAUGAUGAUUGCUUUGACCACAAAUGGGAAAAAAAAAAAAAAAAAAAAAAAAAAAAAAAAAACGCCUCGCAAAAUCUCCUCUUGGCUGGUGGCCUCCUGUCUGUGUGUAUUCGUAUGAUUAUGUAAUCCACGCAAUCCCUCCAAUCCGCAGUGAAUUGACCCACUAGAUCACACGAGUCAGAGGUUGUUUUUCGGGGAGGUUGUGUGGGAUAUUUCUAUUUAAAGAAGGUCAUUCAUAGCUGAAAAUGUCUUAAAAUGCCGUUGUAUCUUUUCUACAGUGCUGCUACGUCUCCAGUCCGUGGUGAGUCCGCGCAUUUACACAGCAUCCAUCGUAACGGUAAAGACGCAUGUCAAAUAAUAACAGGCGGAACAGCCAGAAAAGACAUCGGAGAAUAUGGCCCCACGUCCGCGGUUCUCAAAGUCUGGUACGAGUACCACAAGUGGUACAUGGGCUCCCUCUAGUGAUGAAGUGCCGAUGGUCCGAGCGGACGAUGUGACGAAAGGGAGGAAGUUACUCCAGAUGCCAGGAGCUGCACUUCCUUUCCCGCCCCUCAAGGUGUUGUCCAACGGGAGGCCGUGCGUGAUGUUCCAGGCCAGGAGGUUGUCGCUGCGUUACGAGAGGCGGAAGCAAGUGGACCUGACCGAGCGAGCCUUCUCCCCUCCGAAGUCCGUGGACACCAGCCAGUCGGUGUGCCGCCACGACAGAGCCACGCUGGUGAUGAGAUUUGGCGAUGUGGACGAUUUGAGAGGCCUCGCCAUCAGGCUGCAGCUGUCCAACACCUUCUACGAGGCGUCGGGCCAGUGGUGGUUUUCUGUGGACAGCGUCUCGGUGGUCUACAACGCCUCGCAGGAAGCCGUGUUCAACGCCAGCGACGUGUACGCGCCGUCCUCGUCCUCGUAUCACUGCUCGCACGUCAGCAGCCUGGAACGCCACAGCGCCCUCCUGAUGCCCGGCAGUGACGAUGCCCGCCGCUGGACACUCACCUUCGUCGACUUCCAGAUCCAGGCCUUCAACGUGACGUCGGGCAGGUUUUCGCCAGUGAGCGACUGCGCCACCGUCCUGACGCCGGCCAUCCUGAUGGGUCUGGUGACGUCGCUCAUCCUGCUUCUGGUGCUGGCCUACGCGUUGCACCUGCUCGUCCACCUCAACCGCAUCGAGAACGACCGCGAGCGCAAAGCCCACCGCGAUUUCCUCCCGAGCCCGGAACAGCUGGAACGCUGCUGCGCUGAAAAUGGAGCGGAUAAGGAUGUUCCCUAGCAGGAGCCGGACUUUUAUGGAAGUUUGGGCUUAAUAUUCGAUUUGCCUUUAUAAGAAAUAUAAUACAAAUAUUUGUACCUAUAUUGAGGCGGCAAUAUUUUUGUUUUAAUAAAACCGUUUAUUAGCUGGAUGAAGGCAAUGUUUUCUGUUUUCUUGAAAAUGUAUGUAUUUUUUUGGGGGAAAAUUAUUUUACUUUUAUUGCACGACCUCAGAAUUGUUUUGGGAAAAAUGUGAACAUUUUCCUUGAAAAAUUGCACUUGAACCAUUUUAAGAUUAAAGUUUUUUUUCCGA